AUGGGAGGUUGGUUCAGUUCUCCGGAAAGCGAACCGCCGGCGAACAGGUUAAUCAGUGCUUCAAAUCAUUCGAAAUAAAGGGAUUUCAGUUACAAUGAUUUCACCAGUCAUGCAAAUCCUCAGCCCCCUAGAGUGUCGGUUCUAUUGUUUUUUCAACUUUUUUCUAGAUUGAACUAUUCAGAACUACCACCUACAGUACUCCUUCCUACAGUACUCCUUCCUACAGUACCCCUUCCUACAGUACUCCUUCCUACAGUACCCCUUCCUACAGUACUCCUUCCUACAGUACUCAGUCCUACAGACCAGUACAAACAGAGCGUGAAAAGGUCAGUUUGAGGUAUAUUCCUGAAACUUUGCAAGUUUUUCAAAUUUCCAGAGGCUACAACUGAUAGAAUCUCGAAAAUCUAUCGAGACCACGAAAAAUGUGUUCAGUCGGUUCUACACAAAACCGCCGGAGCCUUCUGAUGACGCCGUCGCGGAUCUUACCGUAAUCCAAAAGGAGCUGAACAGGUACCGUCACUCGGACGCCAUCGAAUUCGCCGCCACGUCACACGGAGAAGGUCCACGAAAAUGGAUGUUUGGUUGAUGUGGUAAGGUUUGCUCGGAAUACGGUAGUUUUUAAAAUGUUGAGCUAACUGAAUUGUCAGAAGAACUUGCAAAACUUGUUCAUACGAAUAGUUUAGCCUUUCUGAAUCAUUUCACCGAUAUUAAUGUUACAGAAACUGAAACCGCUCAAUAUUGUCAAUGACGAAGGAAGCGGUCCCAACUCGAACGCUCAGAGCAACUCUUCAAAUCAAGUGACUCCCAAGAAGAAGAAUCGGGGAGGAAGGAAGAAGAAGAACGAGAAAGGUGGUUCAACUGUUGCUAAUUCUUGA